AUGCUACGCACCCCCAAGUGCUCAAGGUGCCGGAACCAUGGCUUCCUGGUACCCAUCAAGGGCCAUGCGGGCAGGUGCCACUGGAAGCAAUGUGCCUGCGAGAAGUGCUACCUGAUCACCGAGCGCCAGAAGAUCAUGGCUGCGCAGAAGGUGCUCAAGAAGCAGGCCUCCGACGAGGAGCAGGAGGUGGCCCUGUGCGUGCCGGGGCCCGAGGUGGCCUCCGGGGUGGCCUCCGCGGCGGCAGCCAGUGCCCCAGGCUCGAGCCUCAGUGCGCUGCCUCCGCUGGCCGCUUCAGGAGUCGCUGAGCCGGGGCCUCAGGGCCGCACGGCCACCUGCUUUCCUGAGAGGCCCCCACCGGGCCCAAGCCCCGGGCCGAGCGCCUUCCAGCCAGUUUUGGGCGGCUGCGGCCCCCUGGGGCCGAGCCAUCGAGCAACCGGGGCGAUGCCCAGUAUUGUGGGGCCCCAGCUCGGGGUGGAGGCCGCAGGCAGGGCGUGCCCUGGCCAUCUGGAGCCGCGCAGGCCGCUGCGGCCCGUGCCCAGCCUGCCAUUCGCCGACCAUGGGCUUCCUCUGAGCAUCAACUCAGAUUGUGUGGUACGGUCUGAGUACCUGGAGAGAGAGCCUUCCAAGCUGUACCCCAGCUGCUCCAGCAUGCACUCCUACUGCCCAUUCCCACUGGGCUACCAGGAUGCACCCCCAACCCCGGGGAUCCCUCUGCAGCAGGGCUUUCGGCAUGUCUCCUGCAGCCACUACCACGGAGGAAGCUUGGUGUCAGAGCCAGUGGGAGACUUGCAGCCCAGCUACUACCCACCCCCUCCGCCGCCGCAGCCCCAGGUCCUGCCGCCAGGCUUCCUCUCUGCGCUCCACUUCCUCCCACCGCCGCCGCCGCCGCCAUCGCCACCAUCUUUCUCGCUGACCAUCCUGUCUGAUACGGACAAGGAGAAUGCUGAUGACCAGAAUGCAGAGGUGCUGCGUGAGCCCAGCCAGCCAUCUUCUCAGGAGCAGUCCAAAUAAGCCCCAGGCCCACCCCCUAGGCCAGCAGAGUGGGGCUUUGGGGUGUGAUAGCAACGAUUUUCUUAUCUGUGUUCAGUGAUGUGUAGGGAGGAAGGAUAUUGAUAGGCGUAAGGUAGCAGCUAAUUCUCAUUUCAAGAUAGAAGAGAGGAGGGUGAUUUCAAGGUUCUCUCAGUCCUGAACUGUGGGAUUGAAGAGGAUCGUGGAGGAAGAUAUUACCAGGGGAGGGCCAGGGCUCUGAGGAGGGAGGGCUGGUGGAAGCUCACGUUUAGGAAUGAAUUUAACUCUCCCUGGGUUGUGCCACCAUUUAUCCAACUAACCCUUAGAGGCGGUCUUUGAUUUCCUCAGGCCCCGCUCCAGGACAGGAGGCACCAUCUAUUUCAGCCUUCUGCUGCCUUUCCUGGUCUCCAGGGGGAUGGGAGCCACAGACAUCAAGCCUCCAGCCCAUCCAGGAGGCUGGGGUGAGCAGCCAGGACCAGGGUGCUGACAGCAGGUUCUGCAGCGCCCUGCCUCACGGCUCUCUCUCCCACCGGCUUCCUGGCCACUUCCCCACGCCCCUUCUCCAGGGGGUAUUACUAGUAAGCAUCCUGACUACGGAGGCUACUUCUCUUCCCCUCCAUAAAGUUUAAGCCAUUAUAGGCAUCAUUUCUGUUUUAAAGAAUCUAUUAAAGUUUGAUCAUUUGAUGUUUUUAUGGUGAUUGCCAACUUUAAAAAGUAGGCUGUUCAUAAGCACUGAUGCUUAUGCACUAUUCCCAGAGAAUAGAAUGGUGUUUCCAAAUCACCUGUGACAUCAGCAGUUUCUUCUCUGGGGACAGUUGACUUGAAAUAAAAUG